GAUUUGCAGUCAGAUGUCUGAUGCUGGCAGGCACUGGGCAGGCAAUGAGUUCUUUCCCUGUAAGUUGGGCACAAAAAGAUCGGCAUGGGAGCAGACUCCUUUGAGACAGCUGCUUUGAGAGAAUGCAGUCAGCAAGGAGCAGCCAGAAAUUCCUCCUUGCAGAGGGUGACUCGUGGGAGGAGUUCAGUCUACUAAGUAUUGUCAUUUGCUGAGAGAAGGUGUGUGCUCCAGAAGGAGUUUUAACCUGGAGGAUCAUUAACUCUUUCAGUCAGUUGGGGCGCGGCGGUGGCUCUGCGAGUUCGUCCUGGAAGCGUGUGCCCAGGAGGGUCAGGGAGGAGGAGUGGAAUCACUUGUUCAUGGGGGACCACUUUGAGAAGGGCCAGCAUGCUUUGCUCAAUGAAGGAGAAGAGAAUGAGAUGGAAAUAUUUGGCUAUCGGACUCAAAGCUGCAGGAAAGUCCUCUGCCUGGCUGGAUCCAUCGUCUCAUUUGGAAUCCUCCCCUUGGUGUUUUAUUGGAGACCGGCUUGGCAUGUCUGGGCAAGCUGUGUCCCGUGUUCCUUGCAAGAAGCAGACAUUGUGCUACUGAGGACAACAGAUGAAUUCCAAACUUACUCUUCGAAAAAGGUAGUGUGGAUCCACCUGUCAACAUUAAGCAGCACAUUUGGUCUUACCCCUGAUCACCCUCUCAUUACAGAUGAGGAGUUUAUCAUAAAUAGAGCCAUCAGAAAGCCAGACCUAAAGGUGAGAUGCAUAAAGGUGCAGAAAAUGAGAUACGUUUGGAAUAACUUAGAAGGACAGUUCCAAAAAGUUGGCUCGUUGGAAGACUGGCUCAGUUCUGCCAAGAUACAUCUAAAAUUUGGAUCAGGUCUAACAAGAGAAGAACAGGAGAUUAGGAGGCUAAUAUGUGGGCCUAAUACUAUUGAUGUUGAAAUCACACCUAUUUGGAAACUGCUCAUCAAGGAGGUUCUCAAUCCAUUUUACAUAUUUCAACUCUUCAGUGUCUGUCUGUGGUUUAGUGAAGACUAUAAAGAAUAUGCUGUUGCCAUCAUAAUCAUGUCCAUCAUUUCCAUAGCUCUGACAGUGUAUGACCUCAGAGAGCAAUCUGUAAAACUCCACCAUCUAGUUGAAUCACAUAAUAGCAUUACAGUCUCUGUGUGUGGGAAAAAUGCUGGAGUCCAAGAGCUGGAAUCACGCUUCCUGGUACCUGGAGAUUUAUUAAUUUUGACAGGGAACAAGGUGCAAAUGCCAUGUGAUGCCAUUCUGAUUGAUGGCAGCUGUGUGGUAGAUGAAGGCAUGCUGACAGGAGAAAGUAUCCCGGUCACCAAAACUCCAUUGCUCAAGACAGACAGCUUGGUGCCCUGGAAAUUGCAAAGUGAAGCAGAUUACAAACGGCACAUCCUCUUCUGUGGAACAGAGGUCAUCCAGGCCAAAGCAGCGUGCUCGACUUCAGGGACUGUGAGAGCAGUGGUGCUGCAGACUGGAUUCAACACUGCAAAGGGGGACCUCGUGAGAUCCAUUCUUUACCCCAAGCCAAUGAAUUUUAAGCUCUACAGGGAUGCCAUCAGAUUUCUACUGUGCCUUGUAGGGACGGCCACUAUUGGCAUGAUCUAUACUCUGUGUGUCUAUGUGCUCAGUGGGGAGUCUCCUGAGGAGGUGGUCAAGAAAGCCCUUGACGUGGUCACCAUCGCAGUCCCUCCUGCCUUGCCUGCUGCCCUGACCACGGGCAUUAUCUAUGCCCAGAGGAGGCUGAAGAAGAGAGGUAUUUUCUGCAUUAGCCCGCAGAGGAUCAAUGUGUGUGGACAGUUGAACCUUGUCUGCUUUGACAAGACAGGCACCUUAACAAGGGAUGGCUUGGAUCUCUGGGGAGUGGUACCCUGUGAUAGGAAUGGCUUCCAGGAAGUCCACAGCUUUGCCUCGGGCAAGGCUUUGCCAUGGGGACCUCUGUGUGCAGCCAUGGCCAGCUGCCACUCUCUGAUCCUUCUCAAUGGGACCAUCCAGGGAGACCCUCUGGACCUCAAAAUGUUUGAGGCCACCACCUGGGAAAUGGCUGUUUCUGGGGAUGAUUUCCACAUCAAGGGAGUGCCGGCAUAUGCCAUGGUAGUUAAGCCCUGCAAAACAGCCAGCCAGGUCCCAGUGGAAGGAAUUGCAAUUCUCCAUCAGUUCCCCUUCUCAUCAGCACUGCAGAGGAUGACAGUCAUUGUCCAAGAGAUGGGAGGUGACCGACUGGCGUUCAUGAAAGGUGCACCAGAGAGGGUGGCAGGCUUUUGCCAACCUGAGACAGUCCCAACUAGUUUUGUUAGUGAACUUCAGAUUUACACGACACAGGGGUUCCGGGUCAUAGCACUGGCCUACAAGAAGCUGGAAACUGACCACCACACAACCUCCUUGACAAGGGAGAAGGUAGAAUCAGACUUGAUAUUUCUGGGAUUACUGAUCUUGGAGAACAGAUUGAAGGAAGAGACAAAACCUGUCUUGGAAGAGCUCAUCUCAGCCCGGAUAAGGACGGUAAUGAUCACAGGCGACAAUCUUCAGACUGCAGUAACAGUGGCCAGAAAGUCUGGGAUGGUUUCUGAAAGCCAAAAAGUCAUUCUCAUCGAGGCAAAUGAGACCACUGGGUCCUCGUCAGCAUCGAUAUCUUGGAAAUUAGUAGAAGAGAAGAAACAUGUUUCAUAUGGGAAUCAGGACAAUUACAUUAACAUCAGGGAAGAAGUCUCUGAUAAUGGCAGAGAAGGAAGUUAUCAUUUUGCCCUAAGUGGAAAAUCCUUCCAUGUCAUAACUCAACAUUUCAGCAGCCUACUGCCAAAGAUACUGAUCAAUGGGACCAUCUUUGCAAGAAUGUCUCCUGGGCAGAAAUCCAGUCUGGUGGAAGAAUUUCAGAAACUGGAUUAUUUUGUAGGUAUGUGCGGAGAUGGAGCCAAUGACUGCGGGGCCUUGAAAAUGGCUCAUGUGGGCAUCUCUCUGUCAGAGCAGGAGGCAUCUGUGGCCUCACCUUUCACUUCCAAGACUCCAAACAUUGAGUGCGUCCCUCACCUUAUCAAGGAAGGACGAGCAGCUCUUGUGACCUCGUUUUGCAUGUUUAAGUACAUGGCUCUGUACAGCAUGAUUCAGUAUGUUGGUGUUCUCCUGCUCUACUGGGAGACAAACAGCCUGUCAAACUACCAGUUUCUAUUCCAGGAUUUGGCCAUUACAACUCUGAUUGGUGUAACAAUGAAUCUGAACGGUGCUUACCCCAAGCUGGUGCCCUUCAGACCUGCGGGACGGCUGAUCUCCCCACCUCUGCUGCUUUCUGUCAUUCUCAACAUUCUUCUCAGCCUGGCCAUGCAUAUUGUUGGCUUCAUCCUGGUUCAGAAACAGCCUUGGUAUUCUAUGGAAUUGCACAGUGCCUGCACAGCACAAAAUCAAAGCAUCUCAAAGUUAAACAUUUCUCCAACUGUUCCUGAAAAAGUUGGAAGUAAUAGUGCCUUUACAAGUUUUGAGAACACUACUAUAUGGUUCUUGGGAACAAUCAACUGUAUCAUUGUGGCUUUUAUAUUCUCUAAAGGAAAACCAUUCAGGCAGCCCACCUAUACAAACUAUAUAUUUGUCCUUGUGCUGAUUAUACAGCUGUGCGUGUGUAUAUUCAUUCUAUUUGCUGAUAUUCCAGAAUUGUAUAGAAGUUUGGAUCUGCUCUGCACGCCUGUCCUGUGGAGGGUCUACAUCCUCAUCAUGCUCAGCUCCAAUUUUUUUGUGUCUCUUAUUGUGGAGGAGGCCAUUAUUGAAAACCGAGCUCUGUGGAUGGCAAUCAAAAAAUGUGUUGGCUAUCAAUCAAAAAGUCAGUAUCGAAUAUGGCAGAGGAACUUGGCGAAUGAUUCCAGCUGGCCCCCGCUAAACCAGAUCUCCUACUCUGAUAUGCCUGGGCGUGGCAGGGGGGUGUCCUACAGCAAUCCUGUGUUUGAAAGCAAUGAGGAACAGCUCUGAAGGGAAUGUGAUAGCCAAGUGAUAUCACAGAGAAACAAUGACAAAGUGACCUGUCUCAGUGAUGUUAAAGCAGAGGGACUCUUAUAAUAUCAACUGGAGUUUGGGGGAUACCAAAAUCAAUAUCAAAUUAUGGUGACAAAUUAAAGUCUGUCUGAGAAAGUACUUUCUACAGAGAAGAACACCACCCCCUAGAAGAGUACAUUCCUCUUGGCUUUUGAAAGUAUUGGAGGCACCCGGUGGACCAUGGAUGGGCCAAGGAUUGAAGUUGGUCAAGAGAUUGGCAAGCCGAGGAAAACACAGAAUCUUUCUUCUUAGGAUAAGUCUUUCUUUUUUUCCUUUUGUAAAAAAAUGAGUUGAAGGGAAGUCAUACUAUGUAUAGUUAUAGAGUCGUAACAAGCUACAGUUCAGUUCUGAACUUUUACUUCAUUGAUGGAAAAACUAAUCUAUGGGAAUCAUCAUGGCAGUCUUGACUCUCUGAUUUCCUUUCCUGUGCAGUAAUUUUCAGGUUUGAAGCUUCUCCCUCUGCUUCUGGGUUUCCCCUACAUAUUGUUCAGGAUAAGUUCAGCCGACGCUCCAAUAACAACCCCCACAUCUCAGUGCCUUCAUAUGCUGGAGCUUCUUUCUUACUCCAGGUGACUCUAGGACAGCUGCACUGACAGUGCCGACUGAUGACCUGAUGGAUCCCCCUGGGCUCCAUGCUUCUGGUGGCAGGGGAAGGAAGAUACUGGAGACCACAUGGGGUGCUUCACAGUCUCAUCUCAAAGUCUAUUCUGCUCUCGUUUCACUAGCCAGGGAUUUGGCCACAGAGCUGGAAAGUGUGGUCUCUUGUGUCUGGGGACUUCAUAGUUCUGUGAGUGUGUGCGUGCGUGCGUGUGUGUGUGUGUGUGUGUGUGUUUCUGGGGAUUGAACCCAGAGCUUCAUGCACUCUAAACAAGCACUCUACCAUGGAGUUACACCUCCAGCCCUUAGGGGGUCUUCAUAGACAUGUGGCCUGUGCCCACACAGGUUCCCCUGCUUCCAAGGGCCUCGUGCUUGGUUUAAUGCUCUGCUGCUUCUAUGGUAUAACUUUUUAAACAAAGUUGCCUCAUUUUCAUUUUUGCACUGGGCCCCACAAAUGAUGUAGCUCUCUGACUCACAUUCUAGGGGAAGCAAGGAAAGUAGCAUCUCAAAGAGCCUGAGUAUUAUACACUGAACUCUUCUUCUCCCAACCCUGUGAAUGUCUCUGUUUUAGGAACUCCUAAUCUCAUGUGCUCAACUCCAAGAGUUUCCACUUUUCUGCUUCUUAUUUUUGAGAAAUUUUAGUCUCGUGCAUUUUGCAAAAUAUAUAUCAUCAUUAUAGAAGUCACCUCAUAACCUUUGCAUUUUCUAAGUUUAAGCCUUCAGUUUCUAGAAAACAACAAAAAAUUCUCUUAUUUUAUCACUAUUACAACUUGUUCAUAUUGUAUUAAUUCAGCAUAGAAAACACCCAGUUUUCUGUUAAGUCACUAGAUGAUAUUGAAUUCUAGGAGAACAUUCACAUACAGUAUUUCAAAGCAAAAGUAAAAUUUCAUCAUGAACAUGAAAUCCUAAAUGAGUGCUUUGAGCAGGACAUGAGUGUUCUGGUCCUGGUAGGCUUUGCUAUCUAUGAACAGCACCUGCCAGUGUCCCUUUCCCCAGCUGAGCUCUUGAGGAUAGUUGGUAGCUCUGGGACUGUGACUACAGCUGCUUCUGGGAAAAUCAGUGUCUCAUAGCCAUGAGGGUACCGGUGCUUCUGCUGCUGAUUUUAAAGUAGGGUAUGAGGAGGUCCAUGUCCCAAGGCUGCAUAAUCAUUGUCUCCUUUGGUACAGAAGGAAAUGUUUCCAUCUGCAAAGACAGCCUCACCACUGAUAUGGUGGCUCAAAACUCUUUUUUCUAAAACAGAUAGAUUUUUUUUCAUUUUCCAAAAGUAGACAGUUAUAGCAGGGGCAUAGAGGUAGCUCACAACCUCGUCAUGACUAAGAACAGUGUGCACAGUUAGUACUUUAAAAAUCCCCUCACCAAGUGCUUUCCCUCUACUAACUCAUUGGAAUUGCACAAUUCUCCAGUGACUACACAAGGAAGGGCUUAUCUUUCCCAGAUGAGAAAAUGGAGAUUUAGGUUGGUAAGAGCAGACCCAGACCUCAAACACAAAUCUUCUGAGCAAGUUUUAUAUUGCUCCCAAAUAGUUCCUAAUUAGAAAGUUCUAGUAGGGCAUGUUUUCAGAGUGAUCUCACAGUUAAGCAAAGAAUGGAUUUCUUAUUUGCCAGGUGGAAGGAGGUUACCCUUUGCUAAUAACAGGGCCUCUGUUCAAAUGAAUGCAGGCAUCCUGCCAGGCCUGGGACAAAGGUGUGCUAAAAACAAAACAAAACCAAAAAAAAAAAAAAAAAAAGAGUAUCUGUUUGUCUUUCUGAGGCUGUGAGUUGCUCUUGCCUUGGUCCUCAUGUAUUCCAAUCUCAGAAACUGUCAAUGGCUGGCAGGAAGCAGGGGUAGAGGACUCUUGUCCCGCACUAGCCACCAACCCUAAAUCUUUGCCAAAGGGAUUCUUCUUAAAGACCGCCUUCUUGGGACCAACUGCAUCUUAGAAGCAGUAAGUGAUACUGGCUGAGCGCGGAAGGAGCUGGGGAACCGCGAGAGCAGCACUCAGAUACUUGAUAGAUGGUCACGGAAAAGAAGGUGCUUGAGCCCGCAGAACAGGGAUGAGGGGCAAAGAGCAGGUGGAAGGACCCACAGCUAAUGUGAAGACCCCAGCCCCAGCAGCCAGCUCUGAGGGAAGUGAAAACUGGGGAGCACAGGCUGUGUACCCGGUAAUAUAGCAGGUAUUAGUGGCUGGUCCAAGACCAAUUAGAGAAGGGAGUCAAGUAUCAGAUGGAACUUGAUUACCUGCAAAACCCCUUCCCCACUUGGGACACCCAGUGUCUGAGUCUUACACCAUGAUGUGAAUCAUUUACUACAACUGUCCACACAGAAUAUCACAUGGAUACACUUGGCAGAUGGGCUGGUGUGGACAUACCAAUUUGACAGCUCUUUGCCUUGGAUGGGAACUUCUAAUGGGGAUAAGAGCCUAGAAAAGAGGCAGAGUGAGGGCUCCUCACUGCCUAAUCAACAGCUCCAGGAAUAUUUUCGCUGUGUGUAUUUUCUUGAAAAGAGGUAUGGGAAAACUUUGAGUAAAUGAUCCUGGGAGAGGGCCCCAAAUGUGAGUAUAGAGUUACCUGCCCCAAUACACUUUCCUGAGCAAGAUUCGGAGAAGAAAAGGACAUCAUCAGUGAUUCAGAUAAUCAGAGGGGUCUCCCAUGUGUUCAUUCCAAGGUAUCCAAUGCUUGUCUGACGAGAAGCACCCUGGCUUGUGCUCUCCCCACUCCACAUGCGAAAAUCCGAGAGUGGAAAUAUGUCUUGUCCUCAGUGUUCUCAUGUGCUCACAGAAAUGUGCAUGUACAGUAGCCGAUGUGGUGAUGGGAAAGUGAUUAUUUAUUCAGAAACUUGUAUUUAGUUUAUUCGAUAAUAAAUUAUUCUGUACAAAAGAGAUAAGUAAAUCUACAAUCCUAUUGUCCUAAAACUUCUUUCUGUCUCUGUCUCUGUUUCUGCCUCUCUCUCUCUCCAGGGAAGUCUUUCAUUCUGGCUAACACAAUCUGGAUGUUCUCUUCCAGCAAUGUGACUCAAAGUCACAUCUUCACAAAGUUCCAGGCACUUCCUCACUCCACGCAAGCUGUUAUUCCUGCAUUAUUCACAGGGCUUUACAGUUUGCAGAAUGUUUCCAUACUUUUUCUCUCAUUUAGGCUUUAUAGCAAUCUUGGAAGGAAAGCCAGGCAAGAUCUGCUCUCCCCCUACUUCUAAUGAGAUUCCAGAUUCUCCAAGAGGCUCAGUAAUGGCCAAGGACAUGCAGCUAGUUGCAGAGGAGCUGAAUGCAGACGCGGGUCCUCUAUCAGCAAAUUCCCUGCUGUGUCAUUCUUUAAUGUUGUUUUCUUCGAAAUGAAAAGUUUGUAGCAUUGAAAAACACGCUGGCAGCAAGGCGACUAUCCAAUGCAAUUGCCACCAUGAGUAUAAUUUCCUUCAGAAAGAGAUUUUAGUUUCUCAUAGAAGUUCUCCUGAACCUGACCGUCAAUCUCAGGAAAGGUCACCUCCCACGACUGAGAGUGUAACAUCAUAAAACCAGUGCCCUGUGAGCCUGCUCCACGUGAUCAGAUGAAGCUCCCUUUCUGAUUGCAGCCUCCUGAAGCAGAAGCCUAAAGCCUGCUGGAAAGGCAUUCAGCCCCUGCUUUGCACAGGAUGGUAUAGAUUCGUCUUUUGGCUUUGAACUAUGUUCAUUUCUGUAUGCAUAAUUAAUUUAAAAGCUGCUGCCACAUAGCAUUCUGUCUGCCCUUUGGUUUCUAUUAGAUUUGUUAAAAAGACCUUCUAAAGUUGACCAAUAAAAUGUUUUGUUUUGUUUUUUCCAAAA